AGGGGAAACAAUUGGCAACUGACUUCUUUUCAAAGAAAGGGCACCAUCCAGCAGAUGAUCUUUGUCUUAGGAGAUCCAACAGCAGCAGAGCAGCACUGUCGAGAUUACAGCAGCACUUGCUCAGCUCUGACAGACACACAGGAGGUUGCAGUUAUAGAUGAGGUGACCAUUCAGCCCAGGAUCAGAGUAUCAUCCAGACCAGAAAAUCCCCCCCAAGACACAACUCUACAGGCUGGUCCCACGGAGCUGCCACCCACACCGGAUCCAGUGAGCAGCACUUCCCCUCUGAAGUUACAUCCUGGUCCAGAGGAUGUAGACACCAAAGUUGUGGUGAAAACCUACGCUGACACAGACACUAAGACUGUAGGCUCAACCAAUGGAGAAACGGGUAAGGAAGUAAAUAAAGGUGGAGAUACCGAACCACAGCCUCCCACUCUGACUGGAAAUUAGCAGUUUUCUAAUGUGCACCCUGACAUAUUAGGGCCAAUGAAGGAACCUCGGAGCACAGGAGGAAGGCAUCAACCGUUCGUUAAAGCAAAGGAGAAGUCCAGAACAAGUGAAGGAUCAGUCUUGGAUAGUACUGAGAUAGUCAUUUCAAGACUUAACGUUCAACCUGAGAACCCCACAGCUCCAGGUGUCUUAUUAAGAGAUGCAGAAACUGCAAGUACGGAAACAUCUUUCUCCGAUGGGCCCCGGUUUGCUACUAGAUCUACUCUUAUCUCAGGCCCCAUCACAGAAUCAAGGUUUGUCACUUCCAGCAUCUACCCUUUAUCUGAAGGAGGAGUAAGGGAGGCGCGACAGGAGGCAUCGCCACUAGUCUUUAUACCUCCAGUUUCAGCGGACCCAUCAGCUAAACUCUCAAGUCAGACAGAAGGAAAUGUAACUGAGGACUUUGCUGUACCUCAGAAAGAUCCAGCUCCAAACCUGACCGUUUUAACUCCCACACUACAAAGUAGAGAAGCACUAAGUACUAGGAACAUUGAGGGUGAGACGGGUGAGAUAAAAGAAAAAGAGAAUAUGGAGGACAGGUUGCAAACUGUUUCACCCCAAACAGAAACGUUACCACAACAACGACUUCCAGGUGGAGAGCAGGGGAGUGGGACAGAGACAGAUGAAGAAGAGAUAGAUUUAGAGGAGGAUAAGGAAGUGCAAAGACAUGCAGAGAUGGAAAAAGAAAGUUAUGAUAAUGACACUGACAUUUCUAAGGAUUAUAAUCAGACCUCACCUGAUCGGAUCUCCCAGUUCAUCCAAUCAGAGACUGAACCCCCACAGCAGCCUGUUAAAGCAGCCAAUCAGCCGCCUACAUACACAGUCAGACAUCACGGGGCAGAAUUAAGACCUGGGAUCAGAGGUCAAAGGAAAAAGAAGAUCUAUAAAAAGCUGAUUUCUUCCUGGCCGGGCAAUCCUGGACCACAAGGUAUGCCGGGUCACCAGGGCCAACCUGGGCAAGACGGGACCCCAGGAGAGGACGCUGAUCCGGGCCCUGCAGGUUUACCUGGAGAACAGGGUCCCCAAGGCUACAGAGGAGAGAAGGGCAGCAAAGGGGAGCUGGGGUUAUCAUGGGGAGGCUGGACCGCAGGGAAACAGUGGACAAAAAGGAGACAAGGGAACCUCUGGAUUCCUCGGAGUGACUGGACCUAAAGGCCUAAAGGGAUUUCAAGGUCCUUCAGGUAACAGGGGACAGGAUGGAACUCAUGGAGCCCUGGGAUGCAUUGGUGCAAAUGGAAAUAAUGGCGACACUGG